UAUGACUGAAAUUAGCCAAGAUAGAGUUGAAGAGCCUGACUUUAUUGCAUGCUCGGAGGGAGUGAGAUAUUUUUAUGAAACUUCCGUCAAGGCUAAGCAAGAAUCUAAAUCAUAUGCUUUUAGUAAUUUAUCAAAGUCUUUGGAAUAUGAGCGACAUUUAAAAACUGUAACAAAUUAUGGUCUUUCGCAUGGUCUCUCACCUGAUUUAAUUCAUUCCAUAAUCUGCAUUGUGUCAUUAAAUAGAUGGCAAACAUCAGUCAUUGGAAAACUUUUGCGCUCUUGUCUCCCUGCCAAUUACGUACAGAGCUCAACAAUAGUUCACGCUAUUGGAACUUUGACUAUAAAUACUGUACCAAUGAUUAUUAAGAAAAAGCUAGUAACCUGGAUCGUUAUAGUAUUUAAUGCUGUUGAUGAUAUGUCACCCGUUCAUAGAUUAUAUGAAGUUGUCUUUAAUUCCGUUGGCUGUGAUCCAUUGAGAGCCAAACUAUGCCAGAUAUUAUAUAGGCUGACACGAAGGAAGGAUGUUACUUAUUACAGAAUUCAAGAGCUUCUAAAAAUUCGUAAACGAGCAGGCAAUGAACCAGGAUUAAUAGGUUUACUUUCAAUUUAUAAACUCUACAAGCCAUCAAUGAUAACCAUUUCUUUAAAAACCGGUCGAAAGGCUUUCUUCAAUUUGACUAACAAAAGAUGGCGAAACGAUUUUCUGUCUAUUCAACAUAAAAAUGAGAAUUUAAGAAGUGACAAGAAUACUCCACUGAAUGCUGUUGACAAUAUCUUAUCUCCAAUUAAGAAGAAAGCCAAAAUUAUGACAUUACCAUCUCUACAAAUGCCACAAAAACAGUCCAGAUACGUUGAGGAACGUGUGAGCAAGAAUGAAGUUAGAUCAGUAAUUGAUAUAAAAAAUUUAGAUGAUCUCCUAAACACGAGACACUUCCUAGACAUAGAGCUACCUUGUCAAAUGGCUUCUCUGUUGCAACAAGAACAUUUUUACUACGUUCUAUCCGUUCAUCCCGAUCCUAGUAUACCUUCUCGAAUUUCUUUCUGGCUUAAAGAAGCUUUACUGGAUGUUAUCGUACAAAGUCCUGAUGAUGAGAUUAGAGAACACGGCAUUUUAUUAAAGCAUGUUACCGAAUUUACCUCAUAUUUAUUGGAACUUUUUCCCGUUUGCGUUGAGUUUCUACUGGAAUUUCUACCAAAUUGGAAUGGAUCCACCUACAGAACAUACAUUUUAGAAUUAUUAAAAUUUAUGAGAUUUGUAGCCUUAGCAGAUUUUCAAAGUUGUAUAUUGCAACCUCUGAAGACUCUCUUCCUCAAAGGAGACGGAAAUUUCAAAAUUCAAUUAAUUAACUGCUUAACGGGAAUGUUUUCGCAUUUGGCAACAAUAGAGUACAAUAGGAUAGAUAAUGAAGAUAUAGAAUCGUACGGACUUUUUGAAGAUUGUGAAAUUUCUAAAAAAGAAGCUGUAGCUGUCUUAUAUAGUCUAAUGAAUUUUAUUUACGAUAUUAUCAGAUAUAAUUCUAAUGAUACUUUAAUGAGUUAUUUGGCUUUAAAUUUUUAUUACAAUGUUGAAUCUGUGAGAAAUUAUCAAUCUUUACCGCUUAUUUUGCCUAUAGACGGAAGCUUUACUGUUAAGAACAUCAGUUCAUAUUCAAUAUUUCGAUUAAUAACUUUAUGCUGCCUCCUCAAAUCUUCUGGCGAAGGUUUAAGAGGAAUAACCUUAAAUGCUGACAUACCAGAGGCGAUAAUUAAUGCUAGAAGAAUUGAAUCUGCUAUAAAGUGCGCUCAAAGUAUGCUCCAUCAGAAUGAACCCUUCUCCACCUUUAUGCGGGAGCAAACUCCUAAAUCACUUUUGAAAUUAGGAAUGUCGGAAAAGGAAAUCAAUCAGGUCUGGUCUAUAUAUCGUCAUCCAGCUCUUCUCUUUUGUAUAGUAAAAUACCUGGAUUCAUUGAAUUUAAAUCAUCCUGACGAAAUAGAAAAGCAGUCUCUUACAGAUGACUUUUUAGAUAUGCUGGAAAAAAUGCGAGACGACUUCUCAAAUAUAACUGCCAUAUUAUCCUUAAGACCAUAA